CUGACAAACUGUCGACCACGCGUGGGACUGCCGGAUGUGGUGGUACUCUUGGCGACUGCUAUUGGUAUUUUUCCGUUCUUUAUAGCCGGACAGACUUCUAGCACCGAGGCUGAGUUCGACGUGCCAACCAGACAGCCCGGCACAAAUGAUCGAAAUGGCUCAGUUCUUCUGUCUGGAGAAGCCGCUCGCACCCGUCUACUCUGCCCACCAAUGCUGUUCGCGUGUUCUGAUCUACCAGCUUACUGUUUGAAAUGUAAUUUUGAUCCCUCUUGUUGGUAUGGGGCCUUAGUGAACGUUACUUGUCGACCUGCUGAUGGAGUCCUGUGCCGUCCUAAUCCAAAUUCUACGGAUGCACUUGACAUGAAUGAUGCAACGUCGGACAAUGAUACAACGCUAUACACAAACCACACUGUGCAUAAACAGUUCGUUUGCCGCUUUUGUCAUCAAAUCCCGGAAACCGAAAUGACUUGUAUUGGUCGUACCUAUUGUCGUCAACCAGAGGUUCCUCGCAGCUUCUAUGAGACCCUGUGUGAACCAAAACCACACGUGUUGUGUAUGGGUCGGCGAGUAUUUCGUAGAAUGUUACCAUGUAACUGGUCCAAUGGUAAGCGUUAUGUGACUACCGUCUUUUUGAGCCUGUUUCUCGGCGGACUUGGUGUGGAUCGUUUCUACUUGGGGAUGUGGAUGGAAGGCUUGGGCAAACUGUUAAGCUUCGGUGGAUUAGGCAUUUGGAGUGUAGUAGAUUUCAUUCUUAUCUUGGCUGGCUACGUCAAGCCACCUGGUGACGCCGUUUAUGUAUGA